AUGAUUAUACAAGAUAUUCAAUCUGAUAAUAGUGAUAGAAGUAGAAAUAUUCAAGAAACUGAACAAAGCAAAGACUCUUCUGCCUCAUUCACAACAACAAGAAUAGAUGAUUCAGAUAUAGAAAUGGAGGAAUUAGGCAACAGUAGCCAGACAAGACCCAGAUCCAUGAGCAUACAAAGAUAUAUUCCAGACCUGGUGUUCACACUCAAUGAAUUAGAAGAUGAACACUCUGAUACAUAUCUUGAAGAAUGGUGUAAA